AUGGUGGUUUACCAGGGAAGAACCAAUGAUGUCUUCUGGGUCUUCCAGAAGACGACUGUCCACAGUGCUGUGAUAACAUAUGGUAUCCCUGUCAUCUUCAGUACCAUCAACUUUGCUGUGCCAGUCAUCAUUAACCAACUGCCCAGGUGUGAGAACUACCUCAGUGGAAAGGAUGUCCUCAGAGUAACAAUCCUGAGAACUUUCAUUCUGAGGAUUUCAAAUCUGUUUGCUUUGAUCAUUUCUCUGUACAAGAAGACAACAGUAAAGAAAGGUGGACCAGAGUACUGUGUGGGGACUCUGAUAGGCCAGGAGCUAUAUAAACUGGUCAUAGUGGAUACAUUGCUACAGUCCAGUUUACAGUUCCUCUACUCAAGAUGUUCAUAUCUGUGGACAAGGGAGAAGAAGGAAUUCCUGAUGUCCUCUGCCAUAUUAGUCAUAGUUUAUAGACAAGCUUUGAUAUGGACUGGCACCCUGGCCUGUCCUGUACUCCCCCUGGUGGGCAGUAUGUCAGUCUUGCUGUUCUUUGCAGUGAACUACAGCACAGUGGUGACCAGCUGUAAACCUCCUGAAAACAGAUGGAACCAGUCUAGACACAGUACUCUGUUUAUAGGUCUACUUACUGUCACCUUACUGAUACUACUGGUACCUGUGGCUGUUAUCAUUGGCAGGUUAGUNAGUCAAGGGUGCAGCUGA